CCUACGAAACAACCGAAGCAGUCCAACCAGUUUGCAGAUCACAACCAGCGGCGGGUCGCCUCCUGAACAACAACACAGGGUGAUUGUUUGGGUUUAUUGUGAGUCGGAACAGCAUAGCCUAAGAAAAGAAAAGCUGCGUCUGUUUUCGCCUUUAUUGCGCGGAGGCUAUCCGAACGCCUAGCUUGUUAGCUAACAGUGUUCAAGAUGAACGGCGAGUUGAACGGUUUCCAUAACAACUCGUCCGCCGACGACGACUGCUUCCUCUUCACGUCCGAAUCUGUAGGAGAAGGACAUCCUGAUAAGAUUUGCGACCAAAUCAGUGAUGCGGUUUUGGAUGCGCACCUCACUCAAGACCCAGAUGCCAAAGUCGCUUGUGAGACGGUCGCUAAGACGGGGAUGAUCCUGCUGGCUGGGGAGAUCACCUCCAGGGCUGUUGUAGACUACCAGAAGAUUGUGCGAGAGACAAUCAAGCAUAUCGGUUAUGACGAUUCCUCCAAAGGCUUUGACUACAAGACCUGCAAUGUGCUGGUGGCUUUGGAGCAGCAGUCCCCCGACAUCGCUCAAGGCGUUCACCUGGACCGCAAAGAGGAGGACGUGGGGGCCGGCGACCAGGGUCUGAUGUUCGGCUAUGCCACCGAUGAAACGGAGGAAUGCAUGCCUCUCACUAUCGUGCUGGCCCACAAGCUCAACGCCAAGAUGGCCGAGUUACGCCGUGACGGAACGCUGCCGUGGCUCCGCCCGGAUUCCAAAACUCAGGUGACCGUCCUGUACAAACAGGACAGCGGCGCCGUGAUUCCGCUGCGCGUCCACACCAUCGUCAUUUCCGUGCAGCACGACGAGUUUGUCAGUCUGGAUGAAAUGCGUCACAGUCUGAAGGAGCAGGUGGUCAAAGCGGUGGUCCCUCCGGCCUAUCUGGAUGAUAAUACCAUCUAUCACCUGCAGCCCAGUGGUCGCUUUGUCAUCGGUGGGCCGCAGAGCGAUGCCGGUCUGACUGGCCGCAAGAUCAUCGUUGAUACUUACGGAGGCUGGGGGGCCCAUGGCGGUGGGGCUUUUUCAGGCAAGGACUAUACCAAAGUGGACCGCUCCGCCGCCUAUGCGGCUCGUUGGGUGGCCAAGUCGCUGGUGAAAGCGGGGCUGUGCAGGCGCGUUCUGGUCCAGGUGUCCUACGCCAUCGGGGUGGCGCAUCCUCUCUCCGUGUCCAUCUUCCACUACGGGACCUCCCAGAAGAAUGAACGUGAGUUGCUGGACAUCGUAAGGAAGAAUUUCGACCUACGUCCAGGAGUCAUCGUGAGGGAGUUGGACCUAAAGAAGCCCAUCUACCAGCGCACUGCAGCUUACGGUCACUUUGGUCGUGUCCUCUUUUCGUGGGAGGUUCCCAAAGAGCUCAAAUACUAAAUCUCCCCCCCUCCAAAAAGCUCACCUUACCAACUCUUCCCGCUAUCCUCUUCUUUUGCGCAAAUAGCCCCAUCACUGCCACAUUUGCCGCUCUAUGUACUUCAGCCGUUUUGUCUUCUUGUUGAACCCCAUUUAAGAUCCGUGUAACGCUCGCGCCAAAUGUCAGCGGGGUUACAUUGGCAUUUGUAGACAUUCUGCUCAAGCCAGUCAAGCGCACAAACUUCUCCGUGUUGUCCCUUCACGCCAUUUUCUUUCUGACGUUUUACAGAGAAGUCAGAAGCUGCUCAUGACCAUUUUGCCGUGUUGGGCUUCACGUAAAUGUCACUCCAUUUUGUAAUGUCCUCGAAAUGUUAGGGGUCCGUUCUAAACGAGGUUAAGUGUUCUGGGUGUCAUUUCAGCGUUAGCCCCCCCCUGGUCCUACCUGGCCCGUACUUGAAGCAUAAAAAUGUCUUUUGACCGUGAAGACCGAAAAGGUAGUAUGUCUACUUCCUGCUUGUUGUCAAGUCGCACAUAAUAGUUGCCCGUUCUAUGGCGUUAGUUUUGCACUGCUGAUGAAAGACGAUCAGAUUUCGCUUGUUGAAUUUGCGAUACUCCCCUCACAAUUUGCGCCUGCUUAAAUGUGAGCCCUAUUUUCAAGCAAGCUGCGGCCAAAGCAUUUGUGUUAUUUAUUAUUAUUAUUUUUUAACAGUCAAGCAAAUGCUCGUCACCUUGUUCGCUCCAAAGACUUGUUAAAGCACGUGAUAAUCUUUCUUUCCGCCCAAUUGAGAUUGUUUGCAUUUUGCCAAAAAGAUUGCGACGAUAAGCUGCUUACUCACUUAGGCCUUUUAUACAGAACACAGUCAAGCGGGACAUUGCCGCAAACAAAUGGCGACACAUCCAUCUACUAUUCAGAUAAUUAUUUUUGAAUUUGUCACACCAGAUGCUGAUGUCAUCACAGAUCUAAUUAUCUGAAAGCUGGAUUAGACAGUGGUGGUAAUAUUUAAUCUUGCUGGGUUCCGUGUAAAAGGUACAGGUGGGCAAGUUGUUUCUUACCGCAUUGUGAAAUUUCCCUGCCUGCGUUAUGGCUGGUUGACUUUGUUCCCCCUUUCCAUAUCAGGCCAGUUUUUACGGAACAGUGACGCAUAAAAAUCUCGUUAGAUGAAAGAGGCUUUGGCAAAGCGUCUCUGACACCACCUUGUGGUUCCUGGAGUGUACUACAGAGAAACUUUCAGCGAGCCACGGGUGGGUGGUGCAAAGAGCGUGUGUGUUGAAUCAUCAGGUAAAAAAAGACUUCCCAGUGACUACUUAACAUUGUUUACGUCCACAUGAUGGGAGGGACCGAAAUUGGCUGGUGUUGUACAGAGAAACCAGCUUGUUUACGUGGGAUCUCCCAUCGUUAAAAUUGUUCUGUGAAGAAAAAAGUUUGUCAGUAUGUGCGCUUGCUGAUUGUGUAAGUGCCUUUUCGCAUUUUUCCCACCCACUCCUGUUCCUUUGUUGUCCACUGUUUCACCCUCAAGGGUCUGACCUGCUGUUGAGUUUCUCUCUCUCUCUCAAACCCUUCAAAAUAAACUGCAUGCUUUGCUCAUGCA